AUGGCCAAUAAGUUCUCUGCAGUGCUCACUGCGAAGCAAGAACGGCAAGCCGGUGUGAGCAGCGCAAAUAUAUGGUAUACCAGUGGCAACAGUGGUAAAGAUCUCUGGAAGCUCAAGGCGAACAACCCCGAGCUCUUUGCAAAGCAGGGUGCUGGAGAUGCAGUGCCGUCUGGCUUCGAAGAAACGGACAAGGCUGGCUGGUACUACAACCGGGCCGACAAAAUCUUCUGGGUGCAGAGCACGAGACAGUUGUUGUGGUUUGACGAAGAAACUGGCGAGCACAAGGAGCUCUAUGAAGGUCAGGCACUUCCGCUUGUUUUCGGCGGCGGAGCUGCCUCCAGCUCAGAGGCCAGCGCUGCCAGCGGCACCAGCGGCGCCAGCGGCGCGAAGAAUGCCAAAACCGUUGUGAUUCCCGAUCUUCACCGCGUCGCCUCUGCCUUGAAGACGGACUUUGCGCACAUCGACAAGCCUGCUGCCAUGCUCGGCGUUUUUGGAGGUGGUGAGAUGACGGCUAGAGCCUUCCCAGAAAAACUGGUGAAGCGGCUCGGUGCCUCACGAAGUUGCUGGUCGGAGGAGAAGCUUCGCACUGCAGUGGAGAGUGUGCUGCAAGAAACCGCUGGGGCCAGCCCAGUGUCAGUGGUUGUCAUCAUUGGCUGCAGGGCGACAGCUGUUACUACCGAAGGAGCUGCAUUUCGUCUGACGAUGCGUCCGCAGGGCAACUCCCUGCCACCACCUUCUUCGACGGCUUCUUCCGCCAGUUCGUCAAACGCGAGUCUGUCGUUGAAAGACGGGCACUGUCUCUAUGCUGCUUGCAGCCUGGGUGGCCAGGGCAAAGGCCUCCUGGGGGAAGAGGCCUUUGAGUCUUCCCUGGCAUCUCAGCUCGUCAAGGGCUGGGCACGGACAGGCUCCAUAACACUGCUGCGGUCAGCAAGGCAGUCAGGGCUCACCGAACCCUUGGCCGUUGUGUGUGCGCGCCUGGUGCCCACAGAGGGCACGCGCGAUGCCCAGUCAGGCGAGUUGCCUGCUAAGCGGCUGAAGGCUGCCUCAACAAGCCCUAUCUUCACUGCUGGUACAACGGGCGCAUCUGGACAAAAUGGUGGCAAAGCUGACCAAGUGCGGCUACGACAGAUUCUGCUCAGAGUAGCUGCUUCUGGCCCACCUGUCAUGGAUCCUGUUCGACGGAAGCAGGUGAAACGCUCGCAAGAAGAAGCCGAAGCGGACAUGCUACAGAUAUUGCAAAACCUGGAGGCCGACAGUAUGAAGAGCUUUCAGAAGGUGUGCCGAGAGAGAUCUGAAUGCCAAUCAGCUCUGAAAGGGGGGGAGCUUGCUGGCGACAUGGGCUGGCUGGAUCGUGUCAAAGGUGUUGGCAUCCAGCAAGACCGUGCGAAGCAAGGUGUGCGGCCGCAAGUUCCAGCGGCAGUGCUGAAAGCAGCCUUUGAGCUGGCGGUCGGCGAGGUGCACGAUCUGGUGACGACAGAAGUUGGUGUGCACCUUCUGCAGCGAACUGCCUAG